UUCUUAUACAAAAGGUAUUGAAUCAGAAUUGAUGGGCUGUACCGAUCAUCGAAACAUCAAAAUCUCCCAGGAUCUCUUUGCAUCGGAAGUGCUGACUCGCCGGUUCUGUUUCGACUUGCUAUUCGAUGUUGGCGAUCAGGAAAAGCCUCCCAUCUGAUACAGCCCAUGGAAAAUCUCUCAGAGACUGGGGCUUUCACGUUGAUCAAAAGCGACACACAAGACAUCGCAUAUCGGAUAAUAUUGCAGAGAUACUAAACCAUGGCUCUCUUCCACAAGUGUAGUAGAGCCUCUGCACCGUCUACAAGCGGAUUUCUCGCCAUGAACAACAAUGGGGACUGCCAUAACAGAAGACCUGGAAAUUCUCUGUACAACCCAGAGGCUGAUAUAGCUAAAAUAACAUUGAAAGAGAAUGCGCCAGGUAUUAAGUCAGAAUCUCCGGUAUACAAACACAAACUUAAUCACAUCAAGUCACAUCGGAUUCAAGGCAAGGGGUAUCCCACAUUGUUCACCUACUUCAGUCCAGGAAUACUUGCUUUGAUACCCUCCACGGAUCAACCCGGUCAGAACCGGAUAGGCUUAUACGAAAACUGGUAACUGAAGCAAGGAAUAACGGUAGCAUGUCUUAUGAAAGAAGAGUGGUGGGAUUUUCAGUCAUCCAGAAGAUCUCUGC